CGUAUAUCUAUAUAAAAGUAUCAUCGUGCCAUUCCCGAGGAUAGUUGGACACUGCGCAUCGAGUGAACAUGAUAGAGUUUCUGAUACUAUUCCUUGGCGUUUACGGGGCACUGGCGGCUCCUCAUGCGUCCCAUGUGAAUGACGAUCUUCAUCUGGAUAAUAAUACGGAAGUGGUCGAAGGACAGCUUCCCGGUACGGAAAAUCUCAACGAGAAGGCUCUUCCGAUAUCUCGUUUAUUCGCCACGGAAUCGAGUAAUCUGCCGGCGAGGAAUAAUCUGGCUGAAAGAUCUCAGAUACCUCAAAAACUUCCCGGAACGCUAAAUCUGGCGGAAAAACGAAUUCCUGAUGUCGUUCUGAAGAGAUUGUUGCAGCUGUUUGAGGUCAACUGAAAAAAAGAAACGUAAUAGAUUGUUCGAUAACAUCUAAAAUAUAUUUAAUUGUCGUUGUCACAUUGGCAUUUAAAUAAGUUCUCGAUAAUAUAAACUGCAUAAAUCUUUUUGCUAAAUGCAGUUGCAAAAAAGCACUUUCCCAUAUUUAAAAUGUUUUCUUGUGAAAAGAAAGAAAAAAUCUUUCGGAAAAUUAAUUAUCAUA